GCCUCUGCAGAUGCUGAUACAGAAGCUUUUCGAGUCACCCGAUGCGUAGGCCAUCGAACCUUCAGUCCCGUCCGAGACGUUCUUCCAGCAUGCUCACACUUAAACCGCAGCGUCGCUGCGACAGAAGGUUGUGUGGUUAAUCUCAGUCACCCCUCGCCCAUCAUGCCCCAUGGGGAUGUAUACCUUGGCACGACUCGCAAACUAGUGCUAGCCAUAGAUGUGGGGACGACUUACAGCGGGGUCUCAUUCUGCGUCUUGGAUCCUGGGAAGGUCCCUGAAGUUCACAGUGUUAUCAGGUACCCCGGACAAGAAGGCGAGAACAAGGCCAGGGACACGAAGAUUCCGUCUGUCCUGUACUACGAUGAGGAUGGCGAGGUCCGUGCCGCCGGCGCCGAGGCUGUAUCGGAUGGUACACUGCUUGAAGCAGAGGAACAAGAAUGGAAUCGCGCUGAAUGGUAUGACACGAUCACGCAUUUGGGCUGGUUGUGUUUGAUGGUUGCCCGAACGCAGCCGCUGCCCGUCCCAGUGGCGGGUACGUCUGUCGUUCAGAUCUUCGCCGAUUACUUGGCCUACAUCUACAAGUGCGCCAAGGAUUACAUGUCUGACAGCCAUGCACUUGGUAGGCAAGUAUUGGAGACAGGCACGCCCGUCGAAUUCGUGCUGAGUCACCCGAACGGAUGGGGUGGUAAGCAGCAGAGCAAAAUGAGACAUGCCGCAAUCUUGGCCGGCUUGGUUCCUGACAUGGAAGCCGGGAACGCUAGGAUAAGUUUCGUGAGUGAAGGAGAAGCAAGUCUUCACUUCUGCAUUGUCAAUGGACUCGUUGGGGACUCGCUGAAGGAGGACGAACAAAUCAUGGUCGUGGACGCUGGUGGCGGCACAGUUGACCUGAGUACCUACAAAGUUGUCAAGGCAGUCCCUCUCAAUGUCGUGGAGAGUUUGGCUGCAGAUUGCCUUUUGCAAGGCUCGACACGCGUAAAUAACCGAGCACGCACCUUCCUCGAAGAUAAAUUGAAGGACUCGCGCUUCGCCAAUGACGACUUCGUGAACUCUAUGUUAGAGAGUUUCGAGUCCAGCGCAAAGCCUACCUUCAGAGACACGACGAAGACAUCGUAUGUCAAGUUUGGCGGACCUCGUGACAACGAUGACAAGUGUGGCAUCAAGCGAGGUGUACUAGCAUUGUCUGGGGCCGAGAUGUUACAAUUCUUUCGGCCGUCCAUCGACGCCAUCCAACGAGCGAUCCAGCGGCAAUUAGACCUCUCUGAUCGCCAUAUCUCUGUGAUCUUACUCGUCGGGGGCUUUGCAGGGAGCCCUUUUCUGCGUGCACAACUCCAGGCCUUCGCACGUCAACAUGAUUUAGUGCUAUUCUUUCCAGAGCAUCAGACUGCCAAGGCUGUCGCCGAAGGAGCUCUCUGGUUCCACCUGGAGAACUUUGUUUCGGCUCGGGUUGCCAAGCACAUAUACGGGACAGACAAUAGCACUAGAUUCAAAUCGUCACUCCCUGAACAUAUUGAGCGACGACACAAAUCAUACGUACAAUCGGAUGGAGAGGUAGUCAUUCCGGAUGCCUUCACUAAGGUCAUUUCUAGGGGUACGUUGGUUACGGAAGAGCAGGAGUUUCGGGCUUCUUUCAUCCAGGUAUCAUACUCGCCCCGUACCCGUGUCACUGCUAGCAUCAUAGCAUAUCAAGGAAUGUCAGAAGAUCCGCGAUGGGUUGAUGAAGAGACUGAUAUGUUCUCUACUAUGUGUUGCAUCCACGCGGACAUCCCUCUGAACUGCUGGAAGUCUAAAAAAGGAUUACUAGGCGAUUACUUCUCAGCAAGUUUCAAGGUCAUAUUGUUGUUCGGAUUGACUGAACUGAAGGCCCUGUUGUGCUGGACCGACAAUGUGCGUUGCAUUCGACUCAGCUGCUUCUAA